AUGGCUGAUACCAGUCCAAUGACUGAUGGCUCAUCAGAUGGAGACACAGAUCAUAGAGAUCUUGGGUCCGAGGGAGGACUAGUGAAUACCGCUGCUUCUGAUUCUAGUGACCGAUCCAAGGACAAGUCGGAUCAAAAGACUCUUCGUAGGCUUGCUCAAAACCGUGAAGCAGCAAGGAAAAGCAGAUUAAGGAAGAAGGCGUAUGUACAGCAGCUGGAGAACAGCCGCUUGAAGCUUACACAACUUGAGCAGGAGCUGCAAAGAGCAAGACAGCAGGGCGUCUUCAUUUCAAGUACAGGAGACCAAGCCCAUUCUACUGGUGGAAAUGGUGCUUUGGCGUUUGACGCUGAGCAUUCGCGGUGGCAAGAAGAGAAGAGCAAGCAAAUGAACGAGCUGAGAUCUGCUCUGAAUGCGCAUGCAGGUGAUGCUGAGCUUCGAAUAAUAGUUGAUGGUGUGAUGGCUCACUAUGAGGAGCUUUACAAGAUAAAGAGCAACGCAGCCAAGAAUGAUGUCUUCCACUUGCUGUCCGGCAUGUGGAAAACACCAGCUGAGAGAUGUUUCUUAUGGCUCGGUGGCUUCCGCUCAUCCGAAAUUCUCAAGCUUCUGGCGAAUCAGUUGGAGCCAAUGACAGAGAGACAAAUGUCAGGCAUAGAAAGCUUGCAACAGACAUCACAGCAGGCUGAAGAUGCUUUAUCUCAAGGGAUGGAGAGCUUACAACAGUCACUAGCCGAUACUUUAUCGAGCGGGACUCUUGGUUCAAGUUCUUCAGGGAAUGUCGCCAGCUACAUGGGUCAGAUGGCUAUGGCAAUGGGAAAGUUAGGUACUCUUGAAGGAUUUAUACGCCAGGCUGAUAAUUUGAGACUGCAGACAUUGCAACAGAUGAUAAGAGUAUUAACAACGCGACAGUCAGCGCGUGCUCUACUUGCAAUUCAUGAUUACUUCUCGCGGCUACGAGCUCUUAGCUCCUUAUGGCUUGCUCGACCCAGAGAAUGA